AUGAAUGAUAGUGAAAGUAGGCGUCCAAAAGGAAGACCACCAGAUACUGCAAGAUUCAAAGAACCUUUAGAAACUUCUAAUAAUGUUAACAAAACUCGCAAAUGUGGAUUAUGCAAUGAAAGUGGACAUAAUCAUACUACAUGUCCAAUGGAAAAAAAGAAAGAAUGA